UAAUUAUAUGACCAGCACCUGUAUACAACACUUUCGCUUUCAAAGGUCAAUGAGAACAAAAUCUUACGUUUUUCACACCCCAGUCCACUAGGUGGCGGAAAAGCUAUUUUCUCUUAAUGUGUCAACGCCAUACCCCACAAGAAGAAGAUUCCACGGCUUGUUGUCAAAUGACUGUCACAGCAAAGCUAUUUAAUCCUAAAUCCUGAUUCAUUUAAUGUUCUUAGUGUGAUCAGCAUGGCCGAGGAAGAGUUCACAGACAUAAAUGGCAACUCGAUUUCUUUAGACUGCCAAACUCACUCUGAUUUCUGCAGAGAGUUCACGGUCACCUCACCGAAACUGUCCUUGCGCAAGGUGAUGGUCUACACCUGCUUCGUUUGGUUAUUUGCUUAUGCUGUAUUUUUCUUCACCGAGAACACGGCUGUCCUGUCGAGUGCCAUCAUCCUCACUCUGGCUGGGAUGAUGAUUCAUAUUCACUUUGUGAAGGUGGACCAUGAGACCCUUCUCAUAAUCGGUUCCCUCGGUGUCCAGCUGUCUUCAUCGUAUGCAUCUGGACGAGAAAGUACGAUCUUCAUUGAGAUGAACAAGUUGAAAGACAUUGUGAUCAACGAGGCUGUUUAUAUGCACAGCAUUAUAUACUAUCUGUGCAUUCUGAUAAAGGACCCAGCAGAUCCUGAGACAGUGACCAGUGUUGUCCCUCUUUUCCAGAGUUCAAAUCCUCGGCUGAAUUGUUUGGUUCAAGUGUACAGGAGCUGUCAAGAGAUUCUUGCACAGUCCAGAUGACACCGAGAGUCUUUCUUUGAAACAGGAUAAAGAUUGGAAAUCCCAAGAAUGAACCACAAGUGUGUUGUUAGUAGUUUAUGUAUCAUCACCAAAACUACAUUUGUUGCAUGUAGUGGUUUAUUACAUAUAGGUUGAAUCCAUCCACAAACUUACUGGGUCCUUUGAACUUUAUUAAAAAUAAUAAUGCUUUUAAUAUUUUUUUCAUAUAAAUUAGGUACACUCCUGGUUUUGAUAUUUACAUGUUGUAGUAUGUUUUAAAUAUUUUUUUGUAUUAAUAUUGCAGUGACUUUAGCUGAUUGUUUUUCCUGAUGAUUCUGACCUUUGUUAGCCACUAGAGGGACAUGUGUGCCAAUUUUUUGGUAACUAGAAGCAUUUCUAAGCAUUAAUAAGAACCGUUUUUUAUUGAUGAUGAUUUCCUGUUAUACUCUUUUUAAUCAUGCCGUUUUAAAUGGGCAUUGUAUUAGUAAUUUUUUAUUUUUUUUUUCCUAUUUAAAAAUCAAAGUGAAAACAUGAACAAUAAAACUGUUUAAAUAAACGU